CAUAUAAAUCCUAACGCAGGCUUCUGUGCAGCUGUGAUUCCAGUGUCGAACCUGUUUUGUGCACCGUUCGGCCUACUCGACAAACGCUUUCGCCAACAUUUUGUUAUCAGCGAAUUCAAAUACAUCCAUUAAUGCAACCCGGCUUCUUGGACGCCGCCGACGAGCUGGUCAACCUGGGGGCUGCCUGGACUCUUGGUGACUUGGUGAUGCAGUCCACCGAAGUACUUGCGUUGUAAGGCUUGAGCCUUGAGGCUUUGGCGUCAGGCAGCAUGAAGCAGGAGGGUGGAGGGCAGCCAGCGCCAGCCUCAGCGAGGGGAGACCGUACCACCCAACCGGCUUCGACAGCUACAGGUGCUGUAGACGCACAUGUAUAUGCGACAGGUGACCAGACUAUGCGCGAGGCUGUGGCCGGGCACGCGCCCGGCGGCAGCAGCGGCGGUGCCGCCGCCGCCGCUGCUACUGCCGGCAGUUCGGGCGCAGCAGUAGCAGGAGCAGGUGCCGGCGUGCCCGCUGCCAUGGCAGAUGAUGACGAUGACCCCCGGCCCUGGCUGUUAUUUGACUUAAACGGCGUGCUUGUGGAGGAGUCCAAGUACGCGGAACGCGAGACGGCACGCGAGGGAGGCGGCGGCGGCGGCGGCGGCCGGGGCUGGGGCGGCCACGCCGGCUCCUCACGCUUCAGGCGCCGAAACUUCCGGGCUCGGCCUGGGGUGGCCGCGCUGCUGGAGCUGCGGCGUAGCUACCGCCUGGGCGUGUACACCAGCGCCACGCACUGGACGGCCGCCCGCGCCCUGGCCUCCCUGGGCUCCCGGCUGGUGACGGAGCUGAGGGCGGCGGGGCGCAGCCAGGAGCUGGCGGCGCUGCAGGGCGCGGACAGGAGCCAGAAGCUGGCGGCGCUGCAGGAGGAGAGCCGCGCGCUGGCGGCGGCGCAGGAGGCGGCGGCAAUGGAGGCGGAGGCGGCCGCGGCGGCAGCCCGGGCUGUGGCGGAGGCCACGGCGGCGGCUGCAGAGGCCACCGCAGCCGCGGACCCGUCCGAGAUUGACCUGGACGGCGGCGAUGGCGGCGGCGGCGGUGGCGGCGGCGAUGCUGACAUGGCGGAGGCGGAGGCGGAGGCGGGCGGGGGCGCCCAGGCGAGGGGCGGCAAGGCGGCAGGCGCAGUGGCCACGGGUGCAGGUGGCCAGGCAGCCGCCACCAGUGCAGCGGCGGCGGCAGAGGGCGGCGCGGCCCCCACGAAUAACAACACCAGCAGCAGCAGCGGCCACGGCAGCUACAGCCGCACCCACGGCAACCAGCACCAGCACCAUCACAGCUACAGCCAGCAGCACCACCCCAGCUACAGCUACAGCCAGCCCGGCUACAGCCACCACGGCAGCUACAGCCACCACGGCAGCUACAACCCGGGCAGCCACGCGUACGUCGACGUGCGGGUGCUGCUCACGCGCGUGCUUCACCGCGACCACUGCGCGCCCGACCCGGGGUGGCAGCAGCGCGAGGGCGGCAAGGAGUGGGACACAGUGAAGCCGCUGGCGGCGCACGGGCUGGCGCUGGGGCGUGUGUUGCUGCUGGACAACGAGGCGCGCAAGAGCGCCCCCGGCGAGGUCGCCAACCUGCUGUGCCUGCCCACCUGGGAGUCGGCCGCCGACGAGGGCGUGGGCGUGUGGCUGGCCCUGGUGCGGGAGCUGAUGGCGCUGCCCGUCACACAGGACCGUACGUUGGACUUGCGCGACCACAGCGCCGCCAUCAGCGGCCGCGUGUGCGCACUGCACCGGCCCCGACCCGAGGCCAACAACACGGGCACACGCGGCGUGCACAGUGACGUUGUGACACCUGAGCCGGAGGGCGGCUUCGGCCCUGGCGGCGGCUCACUGUUAGAUGCUGUGGCUGCUGCGGCGUUGGUCCGGGCCGAGCCCAGCAUCCGUAAGAAGCAGAAGGCCAAGGCCGAGCUGGCGGCGGCUAUGACGGCGGGCGUGGCGGCGGCGGCGGCGGGCGGCCGCGGUGGUGCCGAGGGAGAGGGAGGAGGAGGGGCAGGAGGAGCUGUAGGAGCAGGAGCAGGGGUGUUGGAUGAGGGGGUGGCGCCGGACGGACUGCCGAGGUGGGCGGCGGCAGCGCUGGCGACGGUGGACGGAGCAGGCGGUGCGACGCGGCAGCACCAGCACCAACACCAACAGCAGCAGGACCAGCAGCAGCAGGACCAGCAGCAGCAGGGGGCGGCGGGUGCGGGGGAGCUGCUGCGGCUGGUGGCGGGGUACGCGCUGCGGCCGGGUGCGGCGGCGUCGUGUGACCGGUGGGAGGCCAAGAACCUGCGGGAGGCGGCGGAGCGGUGGCGGGAGGAGGAGGCGAUGGCGGACCCCCGGGUGCGGCUGGCGGUGGUGGCGUGUGUGGCGGCGGCGGAUGAGGUGCUGCGGGGCAGCGCCUGUCACACGCAGGUGUGUCAGCUGAUGACGGCGCGGUGGGCCACAUUCGGCGGCUUCGAUGCCUUUACGCUGCGCCGCGAGUGCUCUCACGAGGCCAUCCACGGCGCACUGCUGGCCGGGCUCAUCGCCCCCCUGCCGCGGCCCGGACCCAACUUCAUGCUGAGAUACGUCCCGACGGCGGCAGCAGCAGCAGCAGUAGCAGACGUGGACCAGACCAGACCAGAGCCGGCAGUGGUGGUGGAGGCGGACCAGGUCGCACAACAGCCGGCAGCCGGGGCGGCGGCGGCGGCAGCAGAAGGGGCAGAGGCGGAGGCGGAGCAGGCGGCAGGGUCCGGGCGACGGCCAGAGGACUGCUUCCCCGCCGGGCUUCGCGCCUACAUCGCCGCCCGCGGCCCCCGGCCCAACCGCCGCGACCGCCGGCAUCAGAAGCAGCGCCGCCGCGAGGGCCAGGACCAGGAUCCGGAGCACCAUUGCCAGCAGGGCAACCAGCAGGAGGGCGGCGCGCCAGCGGCGGCUGACCAGGCGGAGGCAGCGGCGGUGGCGGCGGCGGUGGAGAAGGAGGGUGGCAGCGGCGGCGGUGGCAGCGGAGGGCCUGGCAGCGAAGCUGCUGCGCCCGCUGCCGCGGCGGAGCAGACCCCGCAGGAGCAGCAGCAGGUGCCGCCGCCUCAGCAGCGGCCGGCGUGGGAGCCGCGCACUGCCUCGGGCGUGCCGCUGGCGCUGGUGGGUGUGCUUCAGGACCUGGCGGCGCAGUGUGUGCGGGACCUGGUGGCGGCGGGCGGAGUCAACGUGCAGGAGGUGACGCCGCUGGUGCAGGACCUGACCCCCGCGCUGUACACCUGCCUGGCCGCACACGAGCUGCUGCUGAGGCGACUCAGCGGCGGAGGCGGCGGAGGCGGAGGCGGAGGCGGGAGUGGACAUGGCGGCGAGGGGGCUGCGGGCGAGGGGCCUGCAGGCGCGGGCGAUGCGGGCGCGGCGGAGGCCCAAGGCGAGGGCGAGGGCGCUGGUGCUGCUGCUGGCUGUGAGGCACAGGGAGAAGGCGGGGGCGGGGUCCAGGCGCAGGGGCUGCUGCGGCCGCACUUCUGCCGGCAGGCCCAAGUCCGCUACUCGGCCGCGCAGCUGCCGCCGCUGCACCUGGCGCGCGAGGCCUUCCGCUCCCUGGCGGCCGGGGAGGCGCUGGAUGCGGAGGGGUGGGCGGCCGCCACGUCAGCACACCCGCAGUGGGCGGCGCCGCAGGAGGAGGAAGAGGAGGAGGAAGGAGAGGGAGAGGGAGAGGAGGAGGAGGAGCUGGAGUAUGAUGUGGAGGUGGCGGCGGCGAUGCCGUCAGGCGCGGCGGCGGCAGCGGCUGCGGCGGCGGCUGCGGCUGCGAUGCCGGCGGUGGAGAAUGAUGGGAGAGAGGAGGAAGAGCGCGGCCGCAAGCGGUCGCGGCGGGGAGAGCGGGAGCAGCCGAAGGCGGGUGCGGAGGCAGCACAGGGCGCGGGCGGGGCUGCGGCUGGGGACACGGAGCAGCGGCACCAGCAGCGGCAGGAGCGGCAGGAGCGGAAGCAACAGGAACAGGCGCAGCAACUUCAGCAGCAGGAGCGAAAGCAGCAGCAGCAGCAGCAGCAGCAGCUAGAUCAGGAGCGGCCCGCUGUACGGGGGCAGAGUGGCGACAAGCAUGCGGGCGGGGCUCAGCGAUCCGCACCCGCACCCGCACCGGCACCCACGCCAGCUCCCGCACCCGCGCCCGACGCCGCCGCCACAGCCUCAGGCCACAAGCGCUCCAGAUCCGAGGCCCUCGGGACUGCGGCUGCAGCCGGCACCGGUGCGAACCCCAUCCCCACCCAGCAGACGCGCACGCACACACCGGGGCCUCCCGGCGCGGCGCCGCUCUACGGCCGGCCUUGGCGCCUCACGCCCGCCCAGCCCGAGCCAGCCCCCACCUCAACCUCCCCACCACCAACCUCAACCGCCUCUCCCCAACCGCACCCGCACCGGCAGCAGCACCCACACCAGCACGGCCGGCGGCCGUACUCGGCGCUGCAUGAGGAGGUGGCGGCCUUCGCCGCCGCCUGCUGCCCGGGCGCCUCCGAGCUGGCGGCGCUGAGUGACGCGGUGGCGGCGGUGCAGGCGGCGGCGGCGGCGCUGUGGCCGGGGGCGCGUGUCGUGCUGUUUGGGUCGCAGGCCGCGGGUCUGGCGCUGCCCGGCUCGGAUCUGGACCUGGUGGUUCUGGGGGCGCAGCUGCCCAGCUUCACGGGGGCGGCGGAGGGCUUUGGCAAGGGCAAGGGCAAGGGCGGCAAGCAUGGCGGCAAGGCUGCGGCCACACGGGCCCUGGAUGCGCUGGCGCGGCGACUGCGUGCCUCGGGCGCCAUCCGGUCGCAUUCGCUCAUCAAGGCCAAGGUCCCCAUCAUCAAGACGGAGCUGCUGCUGUCAGGCCCGUCCGGCCGCGGCCCGCCGACCCGCCUGCCUGCCGACAUAUCCAUCGGCGCCGCCAACGGCGCGGCGGCGGUGGCGCUGGUGCAGAGGGCGGUGGCGGCGCUGCCGGCGCUGCGGCCGCUGUGCCUGGUUGCCAAGGCGCUGCUCAAGGAGUGCGGGCUGAACGAGGUGUUCACGGGCGGCCUGUCGUCCUACUGCCUGGUGAACAUGGCGCUGGCGCAUUUGCAGUGUGAGGGAUUCGAUGCCUCGGCCGCGCUCGUCACCGGGGGUUCUCGGCGGGGCGAGGCAGCGGUGGGAGGCAGGGGCGCGGGGCCGCUGGCGAAGCGGCGGCGCCGGAGGGCGGCGGACGUGGGAGGCGAGGCCGGAGGGGAGGAGGAGGACAAGGAGGAGUAUGCGUCAGCGGAGGAGGUGUGGGCGGAGGAGGCGGAGGCAGGCGCCCUGCAGCGGCAGGAGCAGCAGGCGAAGGAGGAGGAGGCAGCGGCUCAAGAGCAGGAGGAGGAGGAGUGGGUGUGUGGUGAUGAGGAUGGGGAGGGCAUGGAUGAUGAGGAGUUGGAUCUGGAUCUCCAUUUUGAGAUCGAGGAAGACGAGGACGUGGAGGUCGGAGGAGGAGGCGGCGGCGGCCAUGCUGCGGCCGGGGGAUCACCAGUUGCGGUGGCGGCGGGGGCGCCGCCGCCGCAGAAGGAGCAGGACCAGCAGGGGCGGAGGCGGCGCGGCGGCGCGGGAAGUGGCAGCCCUGCAUAUGGUGCCGACCACGAUGAUGGGGACGACGACAAACAGGAGGAGGAGGAGGGCCAGGACAACGUGCGCGGCGGCAGUCCGGCCGAGUGGCCUACGGCGGAUCCGGAUGCAAAUUUGGAUCCGGAGCAUCGGGGGCAGCAACAGCAUGCAGAGGAAGACGAGUUGGUGCUUAUUGCGGAGGCGGCCGCCGCGGCGGUUUCGGCGGCGGCGGACAUCGUGUCUCCGCCGCCGCGGCGCGGCGGCGGCGGCGGCGGCGGCGCUGCUGGCGGCUCUCGGUCUGCACCCUUCGGCAAGGUGGCGGCGUCGUUGGCGGCGGCGGCGGCGGUUGGAGGGCUGUGUACGGCUCAGCUGUCGUACCUUCGGGCCCUGCCGCGUUGCGACCCGGGCUCGGGGGCGGACCUCGGGGAGCUGCUGGUGGGCUUCCUGUCACGGUACGGGCAAGUGCUGGACACGCGCUGUGAGGCUGUGAGCAUCCUGCGCGGCGGCGUGUGCGUCAAGCCAAGUAAGUGGCGCCGCCAGCGCUACUUUGGCCGCGGCACCGCCGCCGCCCGCCACAACGACAACGAAGACGAAUAUGAGGAUGACGAGUGUGAAGACGAAUACGAUGACCACCAUUUCAGAGGUGGUGGCGGCGGUGGUGGCGGCCAGGGUGCGUUGCUUUCAGUGGAGGACCCGCAGCAGCCCGGGCGGGACGUGUGCGCCGGAAGCUUCAACAUACGCGGCGUGUUGGGAGCUUUCUCCCGCGCCGCGGCACAGCUGCAGCGCGCAGCUGCAGGGGCCGCCAACGCAAUCGCGACGUCAGGAGCAGCAGCAGGAGGAGGAGGAGGUGGGGGGUCUGGCGGUGGCGUAAGGGCGCGGCCGCAGACGGCAGGGGCGGCGGCGGGGUCUCGGCAAAUCGUCUUCCCGGACAGCGAGGACGGCGACGGCGGCGGCGACGGCGAUGGCGGCGGCGAGGAGGGCGAGAGUGCGGACCUGCUCGCGCUCGAAUACAACCUACCGCCAGAGGGCUCGCAGCAGCGGCGGCGGCUGCCGGAGGCGGCGCUGAUCGCAAUGCGCCUGGCACUGGCGGGCCGCCGCCGCCGCCAAACCCAACCUGGCGCCGGCGGCCGCGGUGGCGGGGUGGCGGCGGUGUUUCCGCUGCUGGGCUGUGUGUUGGACACCGAGCUGGCGCUGUGCCGGUCGGCGGAGAUGGGGCAGGCGCGGUCGGCGCACGCGCAGCACAUGAGCAACGCGGCGCAGCGCGGCACGGGCCACAGCCGCAGCCGCAGCCGCGACUACCCGGAAGGACAGGAGGACUGGGGGGAGCUAGCAGAGGAGGAGGAGGAGGAGUAUGACGACGUGGGCCGUGGUUGGGACAGCGGCGCAGGCAGGGGCGGCCGAGGCAGGGCUGCCGGCGGCGGCGUGAGGGUGAGGGGGAAGAUAUUCCCUACGCGCGGGGAGAAGCGGAAGCUGGUGCGUGAGGAGAAGGCUCGUGCGGCCGAACGGCAGGAGCGCAGGCGGGCGCGGCAGGCGGCGGGCGCAGAGGAGCGGGAGCAGCAGGAGGAGCAGGAGUGGGAGCGCGAACAACGGCAGCGGGAGUGGGAGUGGGAGCAGAUGGACGAGCAGGAACGGGCGCAGCAGCUGCAGCAGGGCCAAGGGCCCGGAAAGGGCGGCAAUAAGCAACAGCAGGCGCAGAAGCAGCAGAAGCAAGCUGAGAAGAAGAAGAAAGCCAAGAAGGCCAAGGCCGAAAAGAAGACGGCGCGGCAGCUCAAGAUAGACGCGGCUCGCGAGCGGCGCCGCGAUAACAAGGCGGCGACUCGGGCGCGGCAGCUGCAGGAGGCAAGCGACCGGCGGCAGCAGCAGGCGCAGGAUAGGGGUGCAGGUGGCGGCGGCGGAGCGCCCGGCGCAGCAGGCGGUGGUGCAGCGGCGGCGGCGGCGGCAGCUGCAGCGGGGGGUGCGGGAGAGCAGCAGCAGCUGCUGCCGCCGCCGCCGUCGCCUGAGCCGUACCCGGGGCACCGGUUCCGCUACCAACAGGUGGAGCCGCCUGGGGAGCUGCAGGCCCGCGAUCAGGCGCAGGCGCCGGCGCGGCUUGCCAGCCCCCGUGCCGGAGGCAGCGGCCGCAAGCGGCAGCAGCGAGGCAGCGCCGUGGUGGUGGAAGGGGACGGGGACGGGGACGGCGCGGCCGCGGGGGGCAAGGAGCUGCCGCAGUGGUUUCAGAGCUUGCAGGGGCAGGACCAGCGCCCACACCAGCACCCACACCAGCACCCACACCAGCGCCCACACCAGCACCCACACCAGUUCGAGGGCCAGGGCCAGGGUGAGCACUAUCAGCAACACCAGUACCAGUAUCAACACCAGCGGCACUACCCGGAGGAAGGAAUGGAGGAGGCAGCAGGCGCCGGGCGGCCGAGGGGCAGCGGCGGCAGGGGCAGCCGCCGAGGCGCCAGUUCUGGCCGCGGUGGCGGCGGCGGGGCUGGCGGUGGGGCUGGGGGCGGCGGCGGCGGCAAGCAGAAAGGCAAAGCCGCCAAGCAGCCCAAGAAGCAGCAGCAGCAGCAGCAGGCGGCACCAGGCGGGAAGGCGCGUGGUGGUGGUAGAGCAGGCGGCGGGCGUGGCGGCGGUGGCGGGCGCGGCGCGCCACCUGUGCAGGGCGGCGGAGUGAGCAAGAAGAAAGCUGCGGGCAGCAAGGGCGCAGGCGGCAAGGGUGCAGGCGGAGGCGGGCGCGGCGUGGGUGGAGGUCGGGGCGGAAGGGGAGGUGGACGUGGAGGUGUGGGCGGCAGGGGCGGGAGAGGCAAGGGCGGUGGCAGCGGCGGCGGCGGCUCGGGUGGCGGCGGGCGUGGGGGCUGGAUUAUGGGUUAGGUAGUGAGGCUGGAUGUGCAUUGGCAAGGAGCGGACGGCAUUACGGAAACAAGGCUGGUGUGCGGAAAUGGUGCAUAUGCCCAAGAAGCCCCUGGGGGCUGGGGGUACCUGUCUCGGCCGGAGCCCCACGACGCGCAGGCCUGCUGGUGUGCGUACGGUAGGCAACUAGCAACUCGUGUUUCGCACUGGUUUGGCCCUCCCAAGCGAGUAAUAAGAUGCAAAACAUCCGCUA